AACUGCUAUCCUCCUAGGUGCACCCGGCAUCAUCCUGCCGUCCUAAACAGACCAGUGUAAUUUGCACUUGCAGGCUGGGGCUGCCUCCGACAUAACGUAUGUUUAAGUACAGACCUGUUUUUAAAUUCUUUUUGCUGAGGACGAGGUUGUUAGCUAAUUGCGGUCUGUAGCCUAUCUGUCGCAGCGUCGGGCCAUCCACCAUCUGUGGAAGUGGGACAAGGGAACAGAUGGCGCAUCCAAGCCGGGCUGCAGGGCUGCUGACGCUGUCUGUUAAGCACUGAAGAUGAGUAUCAAUCAUUAAAAUAAAAGCCUGUUCUUGGCUAUCGCAUCGUAUCUUUAGCUGGACUUGACGAUGCAGCAGUGGCUUGGAUAAGAGGGGGGAAACAGGAAGCAUCGCAGAUUCAUUACAUUGAUGCGCGACGACUCGACCACUGGCAUCAACUUAAUCCCCUUUUGACGUGCCUCUGGCCCGGUGAACAAUGGUUGACAACCGCUACGCCACAGCCCUGGUCAUCGCUUGUGUGCUAAGCAUACUGGCCACCGUGUAUCUGUCGGUGGCCAUCGGGACACAGCACUGGUACCAGUACAGCAGCCCCACCGUGCGCGGGGAGGCCAACGUGUCUGAGCUGCGCUCUCUGUAUGAGGAGUUCAUGGAUGGGGAGUUUGAUGAGAAAACUUACAGCGACACCCUGUUCCGCCUCAACGGGACUGUGGGCCUCUGGUGGCGGUGUGUGCUCGUUCCCUCCAACGCUCACUGGAACAAGGAGCCAGAUGCCAAGAUGGUGCUGGAGUGUCGAAGCUUCACUCUACCUCAGCAGUUCACUCCCAAGUACAAAGAGCCAGGAAACCACAACAGUGGCGAGGACAUGCUGCGCACCUACCUGUGGAGGUGCCAGUUUCUGCUGCCACUGGUGUCCCUGGGCCUGGUGGUGUUGGCAGGCCUGACUGGCUUCUGUGCCUGCCUCUGCCGAAGCCUCACCCCCACCCUUGGCAUAGGAGUACUUCACCUUCUGGCUGGUCUCUGCACUUUAGCCACAGUGUGCUGCUACCUGGCAGGGAUGGACCUGCUGCACAGGGUGUCGAUGCUGCCUGAUAAGGUGGAUGGCUCUCUGGGCUGGUCCCUCUACUUGGCCCUCAUCUCCUCACCGCUCCACAUGAUGGCCGCUGCGCUGCUGGUGUGGGCGGCACGCAGCCACAGUCAGAACUACUACCGCAUGACUGCAUACCGGGUGGCAUAGGCUGUGAUCUCUGCCCUGUUUAAAUUUAUACCCCAUACUGACACCAAGAUGCAUUUUAUAAUGAUCUUAGAGGAGCGGGAUGUGGGUUAAUCUGUGCGUUUUGCCCUCUGAUGGAUUAAAGUGCAUGUACUCUUUAGUAGUGACCCUAUCUGCUGCAUUAAAAGAUUUGAUUUUUAUCUCUCUUUGGAAUUGGUUUGAAAAAAUGUUAACCAGAAAGAUGUGCAUAGUACAGCAUAUGUUUAGUUCAGAAUAAUUUAACACCAAGCUGAAAAGCAUUAGCUGUGUCCCAGUUUCAUACUACACAUUAAUUAAAUCCAAAAUGUAACGAUUCACAUCAGAAAAAUAGCUAAAUUAAAGGAUAAUUGUUAUUUAUUUUUAUAGUUUUGACCAUCCUUCCUAAAGUUUAUAUUAUGAAUACAAUGACUGUACUCACAAAGUUAAUUGCAGACAUGUAAGGAUGCAACAACAUCACUUAAAAAUAAGUUUGACAGGGCAAGAAAAACGGCCAGUUAACAUAAUCCAAGACAUUAUCAACACAUCCCCAGGUUAGACAAACCGAUUUGGAUGAGAAACUGAAGGCAACCAAUGAGUAUCGUUUAAUGUUAUUAUCAUUAUUAUUAUUAUUAAUAUUAUUUUCAUCACCAUUACAAGUUCAAACUAGUUCAACUCAAACAAGUUCAAGUUCAACAUUUAAAGGCCUCUUUCAGUUUCACCCCCAUAAUGUUCAUUUCUUGCCCUGUCAGAUUUGAUCACAGGGAUGACAUUGUGUUCUUAUUAUUCCCUGUACAAUAUUAUCUUAGUGGAGGUAUGUGGUAUUGAAUUGGGACACAGCAGCUGCUUCACUGACACACCCAUAAUGCCAGCUGGGGUGCGGCGACAAUUCCCCUUUGUUGCACAUACAAACACCUGACAUUAACGUACAGGUGCACUGGACCUGCCCUGAGUAUUUCUCUGCAGCGUUGCAUGAAGACAAAAAAGAUAUUUAUUUUGACAGAUUUGCUGUUACACAAUCAGUCUUUUUCUUCAACUGCUUAAAAACAUAGUCUGUGACUGUGGGCAUCAAUCAGGAGUACAAUCAGAGAGACUGUGACUAUUACUGUAUUUAUCUUUCUAUUAUUACUGAAGAUUGACUUUUGACAUCCUCCCUUUUUUUUUAUCUCAGUGACAUUUAUUUAUUUAUUUAUGACAAUUAUGAAGGUCAAACUGUGUAAAUUUAUUUUGUUUUCAAUUUUCAAGUACAUUUUUUAUGUUUUGACUAAUUUUGUAGGCUUUUGUAGAAAAUAUGAAAAAGUAAUGUAUUCAUCAUAGUGGUACUUCUUCACCAUUUUGUGUUUUGUUUUGUUGACCUCGUAUGCUCAUAUAAAUUGGUUUCCACAUGCUUUUUGUGAAUUUAGCUGAUUUUAUUGUUAUUUAUUUGAUUUAUAUGUGUUCCUUGAUUUUUUUUUAUUAAUCCCUUUUUGCUAUCAUCACUAUGGAAGAAACACACAAAUUAACUAAAUCAACAAAAUUUAAGGGAAAUAGGUUUUCCCUGUUAGGCAUUAUGAAUGUACUUUAAAGGCCAUAUUAUGAUAAGCUACAGUGUUCCUUUGCACUUCAAUUAUUUUUUGAACAUAUCCUGAAUAUUGCUGUAGUACUUGCUAGUGAAUUUCUAUUUUUUGACAAUGUAAAUGUCCAAAUAAUCAAAUACAUUUUGAAAAGACACCAUUAUUACCCUUUAAACCAUGCUAUAUGUCUCCAUAAGUAUAUAGAGUAACAGAACUCACAAGGUUUCAUGAAAUAAAAUGAUGCAUUAUGUGUGGUCUGAUAUUGGUCUUAUAAAUCAGAUUGUAUUUGACAUAUUCAACCUUUAAAUACAAGAAACUGCUCUUUCCCUGAAUCCACAGUAGCAUAAAUAUAACAGCUGUAUGACUGUGCUUUUGUGAAUCUACAGUGAAUGUGUUGUUCAUUCUCCAGUUGUGGGCUGACACGGUCAAUAAUUGUACAGUUAAAUAUUGUGUGUGAGUGUAUGCAAGCGUACACAUGCAAAUGGUGCGUGGUCCAAGCAACUGCUGUCAUUUCAAUAAAAGCUUUUUUUGUUUAAAUUUA